UAUUAAAAUGUCAGAAAAUUGUAAUAAAAUGUCAGCUUGAAAGUUGUGAAAAGUGUAAUAAUUUGUUAUUUAAUACUUUUUAUAAAACUUGCAGUGAAUAAAAUAUAAGAGAAAAUGUCGCGACAUCGAGAUGUCCGCAAUAUGGAUUAUUCCGAGGACUACGACGGUUAUGACGACGUUUAUGGCCAUUCUGUUGACGAUGACUAUUAUAUUUCACCCAGUAAUCGACAAUUUAUUUAUAAUCGGGAGAACUCAAGAGACCAACCAAAAAUUGGAGAGUUUAUUCGUACUGAACAGGAUAUUCAAGAGGAAGACGAAUCAGAAUCGGCGUCAGAAUUGUCAGACUUGGAUAAAGCACGACUAGAGUCCUGCAUUGAAGAGAUUAAAGCCACUUUGGGUCCUUUGAGCAUCCCUAGGAAUGAGUUAGUGAAUAUAAUAAUUUCAAACAAUUACAACAUUGAGCGAGCCACAAAUGCAUUACUAGACGACUCUAAGAAUUUGCAGAGUGAAUCAAAGGAAAAAGUACCCAGCAUAAAAGUGGUGGCAUCUGGGGGUAAAACAACCACAAACGUCACAAAAGGCUUCGAUCUUAGCCAAAAUAAGGACUCCGUUAAAUUAACUACAACUCCACGUUCGCAAUCACCUGCUUCUGGUCGAGGAACUCCAAUAAACACUGAAGAAAUCAAAGUUGUCAAAAGUAGGGACAAUAAAAUCGAUGUUGAAAGUCAAUACAAAAAGGAAAGGGGCGAUUCGAAAGAACAUUUAUACAUGGUGGUUAUUGGGCACGUGGAUGCUGGAAAGUCAACAUUGAUGGGACAUUUGCUGUAUGAUUUGGGACAGGUGAAUCAAAAAGCAAUGCACAAGUAUGAACAAGAGAGCAGAAAAGUGGGAAAACAAAGUUUUAUGUAUGCGUGGGUUUUGGACGAAACCGGUGAGGAAAGAAACAGAGGUAUAACCAUGGACGUGGGUCGCUCCCAAUUCGAAACAAAAACAAAACACGUGACUUUACUCGACGCCCCCGGUCAUAAAGAUUUUAUCCCAAAUAUGAUAUCAGGGGCGGGCCAAGCCGAUGUCGCUUUGUUGGUAGUAGACGCCACCAGGGGCGAAUUCGAGACUGGUUUCGAUUUCGGUGGCCAAACCCGAGAGCACGCACUUCUUGUCAGAUCUCUAGGAGUCACUCAACUCGCCGUUGCCAUCAAUAAGUUGGAUACAGUCUCGUGGUCGAAAGAACGAUUCGAUGAAAUUUCACAAAAGUUGAAGAUUUUUCUCAAACAAGCCGGAUUUAGGGAAGGCGAUGUUACUUUUGUUCCUUGUAGCGGUUUAACCGGUCAAAAUUUGAUCGACAAACCGACGGAAAACGAGCUCUUGACUUGGUACAACGGGCCGUGUUUAUUGGAAGUGAUUGAUAAUUUUCGUACUCCCGCACGUCCGGUCUCUAAACCAUUUCGCCUAUCCAUCAAUGACAUUUUCAAAGGGACUGGCUCUGGGUUCUGUGUUUCCGGUAGGGUCGAAACUGGCAGUUUAAAUGUGGGAGACCGGGUCAUGGUGUGCCCCAAUCGGGAGCUUUCAGUGGUCAAAUCGCUCUAUAUCGAAGAUUUAUCCCAGACAGUGGUUUUUGCUGGGGACCAAGCCACUGUCACUUUAUCCGGUAUUGAAAUGCAGAAUGUUUCGAUUGGAAACGUUCUCUGUGACCCUCAAAACCCCGUCCAAGUGUCCUCAAAGUUCCAAGCAAGGAUUGUGGUUUUCAACUUGACUAUUCCAAUAACAAAGGGAUUUUCGGUUAUUUUACAUCAUCAGUCAUUGGUCGAACCAGCAGUGGUGAGGAAACUGAUCUCGCAGCUGAAUAGAAGUACAGGAGAAGUGGUUAAGAAACAUCCGAGGUUUUUGAGUAAUAAUACUAGUGCUAUUGUUGAGAUUCAAGUUUCGAGGCCGAUUGCUCUUGAAUUGUACAGUGAUUGUAAGGAGUUGGGUAGGUUUAUGUUGAGGGUGGGUGGGGUUACGAUAGCUGCAGGACUGAUCACAAAAAUCAUGUUGUAAAGUAAGGAGGAAUAA